UAUGUAUUUGUCGCUGUCGUUUGUCGAUCUGUCAAAUUGUUUCUGGAAAAAAUUGUGUUGUAGAUUUUUGCAAUCGAUUUGAUUGAAAGUUUAUCCGAUAUAUUUAAUUUUACAUAAAAACCAUGUCUGAAAAACCAAAACUUGAUUUGGGAGUACUUGAAGAAGACGACGAGUUUGAGGAAUUUCCCGUUGAAGACUGGACAGGUAAAGAAAAAGACGAACAGGACAUCAGUGUUUGGGAAGAUAAUUGGGAGGAUGAUAAUAUAGAAGAUGACUUUAAUAAGCAAUUAAGGGCACAGUUAGAGAAGCAGAAGGCUAAACCUACUAGCAAGUAGUAGUCCAAGUGUAGAAUAGUUAGUUUAAAUUAUCAUUUUAUAUUUCAAAAUAUUUUGAAUAAAACCACAAAAUAUUA